AUUUUGCAAUUUCCAUUGAAUUAUAUAAUAUACUCGUACUCUUUUCUAUUUACAGCUAAUUGUUCUUGGCAAAAUCAGUGCUGAAGAUAUUGCAUCAGAGAUGGGCAUCUCAUUAGGUUCCUUGCAAGCAGCACUUGUUGGGGAAACAACAUCCUUUUCACCUGGUUUAAAGUUGAAAAUAAUCAAAUGGCUUCAGAAUUCUAUACAUGCCUCAGCUUUGCAACCUUCAAAACUCAGAAAUAGCCUUCCAGCAUCAUCUGAGUAUAAAGUCACAAAGGUUGAUAGCUUAAAUUCUGUCAAAGAGAAGGAUUAUGAGAACAGAUUAGUUGGUGCUAAAGUCACAAGUAUUGAGUUGUCAGAUGCUGUUCUUGUUAAGUCACUACCACCAUGGAGAACAACAAAAAGCCAGAUGACGGUAAAGAAUAAUGAUAAGGCACCCAUACUCCCUUCUGUUUUGGAAAAUAGUAAUGGGAAUAUAGAUGGUGUUCCGCUUGUCAUCAAUGAAGACAUUAGUGGAAAGAAAUCUUCUAAUUUAAUUGAGGGCAUGCCAAAUGACCAAAACCUUUCAGAGAUGAUUACCGAAGACACUCUUAGGAAUGACGAUUCUAAUGCUUUUUACCCAGUUUAUGGGCCUGAAGGAAACCCAUUAAGAGUAGAUUCCAAUAAUUUGUCCUAUGGAGAGUGCAAUUCAGAUGAUGUUGAGGUGAAAGUAACUGGACUUCAUAACAAUGACAAACACGCUGAGGAUGCUAAUGCCAUCUGUGAAAAUAAGCAACAACAGGAGUAUAGUUCUUCAAAAGAGUUUAAUAAUGAAGUUGAUGCAGCACUUUCUUAUAAAUUUCAUUUCCAAAAUGGUGCACUUGGUUCUAUUUCGGAUAUCCAUCCUUUGAUCAAUGUGAAGAUGUUGCAUUUGCAGAACUUAUUCAAGAAAACUCCUGGAGAUCCAACAUAUGAUGUGAAUUCAUGUCCUCAAUGCAUCAAACAAGGCUUGCCUUGUUCUUGCACGGAUACAAAAUGUUCGUUGGGUGGAGCAAAGUUUGAUCAAACUUCUAAAGUUAAGAAUGUGGGUCUCUUGGAACUUUCCCCGCAGGAUGAAGUGGAGGAAGAAAUAAUUUACGCACAAUCUAAGCUACUUGAUAUUGCCAUGACAAUUAAGCAUAAAUAUGAUGAUUUAUUGUGGAGAAUAGUUAAGAACCUUCCUCGUGAGCUAAAUGAAUCAAGCAAACGAAAAUGGGAUCUAAUCCUUGUUAAUCAGUUUUUCCGCGAAGUUAAAGAAGCAAAAAAGCGAGGGAGAAAAGAGAAAAAGUACAAAGAAGCUCAGGCUGUACUUGCUGCUGCUGCUGAAGCAGCAGCCAUUUCAUCAAGAAACUCAUCAUUAAGGAAAGACACCAAUGAUGAGAUCAUGGCAGCUACUCAAGAGGCUUCCGCAAAAUUAAAGCUUGCAACUGGGGGAGCUGGGUUACCAUCAGUGCGUCGGCCAAAGGAGGCAUUGAGAUCAUCUGUUUCAAAAUUAACCUCAGAUAAGCAGUCUAUGAUUUUCCAGAUGCCUGAAUUUUUAAAAGACAAUGUAUUGUCUUGUGAAAUAUGCAUGCGAACUGAGACAAUACUGAAGCGUAUCUUCGUUUGUUCAAGAUGCAAGGUUCCUGUUCAUUUAGACUGCUAUCGUAGGAUAUCUGAAAUUCCAGUUGGUCCAUGGAAAUGUGAGCGGUGUGAGGAAAUGCCACUGUUAUCUACCAGCCCUAAAAAUGGAGCUAAUGCCAAUGAUAGAUAUGCUACAGGUCAGUGUGGCGUAUGUGGCAUUCUAAGUGGUGCUAUGAGAAAGUCAGCAGAUGGACGGUGGGUUCAUGCCUUCUGUGCGGAGUGGUUGUUGGAGACAAGUUUUAAGAGAGGACAAGAAGAACCAAUACAAGGCUUGGAGAGUAUUUCCAAGGGGAAGGACAAUUGCUCUAUAUGCCAUCUCAAUAUUGGUGCAUGCCUAACGUGCAGCUAUGGAAAUUGUAAGAGUCAUUUUCAUCCUUUUUGUGCUAGUAAUGCUGGGUUUUAUAUGAAUGCCAAGGUUACUGGCAGCACCACACAACACAAGGCCUAUUGUGGCAAACAUAGUGUCGAACAGAGAGAGGCAGACAACCGGCAAUGUGGAGUCGAGGAUCUUAAGAACUUAAAACAAAUAAGGGUUGAAUUGGAAAAAGUACGUCUUCUUUGUGAAAGAAUUAUAAAAAGAGAAAAGUUAAAGAAAGACUUGGUUCUUUGUUCACAUGAUAUACUUUCUUCAAAAAGGAGCUCUACUGCAUACUCGGCACUUGCAGUCAGUUCCUUCUUGCAUCCAGGUGUCAGUUCAGAGUCAGCUACUACAUCUAUAAAUAAUAGGUCACACAGUGGAACACUACAAAGAUCAGAUGAAGUUACAGUGGACAGUACCUUUUCCAAAAAAUGCAAAAUUAGAUUUUCUUUGAGUAAUAAGGAUGUGAACAGGCAUACUGAUGAUAGCUCCACGUCACUACCAUCAAUCAAACGAAAAUUAGCUGAGAGGGACUCUCUUUCUGCUAAACAACUUCCACGAAGAUCAGCAUCAAUGGCUUUCCGAGUAUCUACAGAAGAUGGAAACAGGAAAAUUAAGGCAAAAAAGGAGGUUCUUAAGGAUCUUGUGAUAUCAUCAGAUCAAGCACCCUUGCAAAAUCAACAGCCUUCGAAGGGGUAUUUUUAUGUACCUCAUGGUUCUCUUUCCAAAGAAAGGGCUCCGAAACAGGAUAUGGAGCCUCAUGAACCAAGAGAACCUGGUGGAUAAGUUGAGGGAUGAACUGUUCAAGUUGUUCUUUUCCAUUCUUGGUUGCCUUGAGUCCCAGUGGACAAAUUGAAAGGUGAAUACCACAUAAUCAAUUUGCAGAUGGUGCAGACAGCAAACUGAUGAAACAGGUUUCACCAGUGUGUCCCCUGAGAUUCCAAAAACAGCGCCACUGGUGAAAACAUGGUUCCCCAUGUAUUCAUCCAACAGCAAUGCAGCCCCAAGCAGAAUGUAUUGAUGUCAAAUUUGUUUAUAUAUCAAAGGAUGAUAUUAUAAAAGAAGAGCUGAGUAUCCUUUGAUGUAUGAUCUUGGCUUUCACUGUUAACUGCCAGCGUUGAGCUUGACUGUACCCACUUCAAUGGCAACAUGGAAGCUUUUAUGGGUACAGGACCCCUGGUUGCAGGUUUUGUAAACUUAUUUGUACAUUCUUCGCAUCUAAAUUCUCAGGCCUGAUCUGAAGGACAGGUUCCUUUUUUCUUUUGCUUUGUCUUUUUUUUUUUUUUCUCUUUUCUUUUUGCCAUGGUGGUAGUAGUCAUACCUUAAUUGCUGGAAAUGGAAAUCCAACAGACGAAUCCCACAUUUAGCAUUCUGUUAUUGUAGAAAAGAGUGUAUUAUGUAUUGAACAUUAGAGAAUAGGUAGGUUAGUAGGUAGGAUCAGAAAUAGCAUUUGGUGAUUGUAAUAAUCAUUAGGGUUGUAAUAAUCCAUAAACGUUAGUCUUAAAAAUACAAGCUUUGUCUCUA